AUGGACUUGAAAACCAGGCUGCGCAAGGCCUGCGAUGCCUGCAGUAUUCGCAAAGUGAAGUGUGAUACCGGUGGGCCUCCUUGUCGGUCAUGCGCUAGCUUGGAGAUUCCUUGCACCUACGAGAGACCUAGCAGACGCCGUGGGCCUCCUAACCGCCAUGCAGAGGCGCUUAAGAAACAAAAACGGGAACCGCUGCUGGACGAUGAGACUUCCCUGAGUCCGGCAGACUAUCCGCCAGUGACGACUCCACAGACGACAUUUGCCAACCCUCCAUCGGGGCAGUUUGCCCUUUCGGCGGAAUCAAUUUGCUCUCUGCAUACAGUUCAGCUGUUGCUUGAUGACUUUUUUACUUAUAUUCAUCCUUUGGUUCCGGUUCCUCAUGAGCCAACGUUCAGGGCUGCUUUUGAGAGGAGGGAAGAUGUGACCAAUCACACUUUUUUGGCCCUUUUGGCGUCCAUGAUCGGAUUUCUCGUGGCUUCCUUUCCUCGAAGACCUAAACUAAGACUUAACACUGAAGCCGAGCGCAAUGCGUUCCCUAACUCUAUAGCUCUGGUCAAGCAUUGUCUCGAUGUUGCCAUUCAAGCCCGCGGCGCUGGGUAUCUCGACCGCAACGCCACAGUAUAUGACGCAGCAAUCAGCUAUUUCCUUGCCGUCUGUGCUGGCUAUAUCUUUAACAUGCGCCGAUGCCGCGUGUAUCUAUCGGAAUGUCGAGCCAUGCUUUCGGUUUAUGAUUUAUGUCGGUCUCCGCCACCAAGCACUCGAUCAUCAACAUUAGGACCCAACAGCCCGCUAUCGUCAGCCUCAGCUAUGCAAGAUCAGGCUGUUCAUAGUUUUAUGGACACUCAAAGGGUCGAUCUCAUAACCCAAGAGCUUGGCCGACGUUUGUUCUAUGUCACCCUGGUUGGGUAUCAGACACUGCACCAAAUGGGCUCUGCUGAUAUUAAGGUCCAUGUUCCCCCGGAGACUCCAACGGAUCGAUAUCCACCCCUGCCGAUGGAGAUUGACGACGACUUCCUGUUCCCAACGCAUGUUGAGCCACAGCCGCCAACUCGCGUUUCACGAUUGGUCGGAUUCAAUGCAAAUGUUCGUGUCUACAGUUCGUAUACGGACCUGCUCUCUUGGGAAAUAGCCUUUGGCAGCGGCCAGAUCUUCGACUGGGAACAUCAACGCAACAGUCUUUGGGGCUGCCUUCAACAAACAAAGCUAGCAUUAGUCAAUGUCCCUGUUGAGCUGUCGCUGGACCACCCAAAACACGUUUCCCCAGCCCGUCUAUCUGGUCUCGGCGAAGAUGGCACAGUGUUCAGCUAUGCCGAUGACCGCAUUCAUCAAGAACGACGCGCCAUCCAGUAUGAGAUUCAAAAAGCCAACAUAUAUGCCAGUCAGCUGUGCACGAGAUCUUUCCUAGUUGAGAAGUACUGGAGUCUCUUUGAGACAUUCUCAAAAUAUGGAAAGUCCCCCAAGUUCACGGCUCCCGGGUCCACAACGCCACAGAUCAAGGUCGAAGGCAUGCCAUAUACAACACCAGCUGUCCCAAGCACCGCAACGACUCCAUCAGAAACCAACCCCAACACCAGCACCAACACCCACGCUCAAACCCACGCCCAAAAAGAUUACAUCGGCCGCAUGAUGGCCGAAGAGCGCCAAUCAGUCAUAAAAGACCUAUUCGUACUCCUACGCACCGUGAACGAAGUAAACAUGGAGCCAAACGGCGCCAGCAUUACAGGCAAAAUCCGCCAAGUAGCCUCAACCCUCCUCAACCUUUCCCCGCGCACAAAACAAACCCCCUCAACCGAGAUCCCCAGCCUCACGCCGCACCACCCAAUAGAACCAUCCGCCCCAUCCCCAACAUCUACACCAGGCCUCCCAAGCCUCCACGCCCUCACAGCCGCAGAAGCAGAAUCCUACCUGCACGCCUUCAUCGAGACUCUCGUCCGACUGGAAUGCCACUCGUCCAUGGCCGACUCGGCCAGCACUGCCGAUGGACUUAGUCCUCAGGUCAACGGCCGGGCCAUGAGUUACCUUUCGGAUUAUCAGCGUGACCAGGAGGAACUCGGGCAGUGGGCUAGUUUGAAAGAGUAUCAGCAGAAGUUUGCCGAGGCGGGCGGUGUUUUAUGUCAGUUAUAA